GGAGGGAGCAGAGGGAUAGAGGAGCGGGGACGUUCCUUGACUCUAUAAAAAGCCUCCACGGGGCCGGGCAGCGGUGGGACGCGAGGAGAGCCGAGGCACGGGGCAUGGAACAGUACUUCUCAGCCACGCAGAAGAUGGAGCAGGAGGUGAUGUUCCCCAGCCUGCUGCGAGGGGUCUUCCCACAGGACGGCGCCGACCCAGCCGCUGGCGGCCCCGCGGACCUGUAUGAGCGCUACCAGCUCCUCAAGGCCAUCAAGCCUGUGGUGGAGCGAGGCCUGGCCUCCGUCACCGAUCAGAGCCCCACCGGCAAUGCUGAAUCUGACACGGCCCCAGAUGAUGGCAUAGAUGGGAAUCUGGAGGAGCGGCUGUCCCACCACAUGAAUGGUUUACAGCAGGUUCUGACCGACCUCACCAAAAACACCAAAGCUCUCACCCGGAGGUACAGCCAGAUCCUGGAGGAGAUCAACCUCGGUGAAGGUCAGAGCAGCUCAUGAGCCUGCACGCGGAGAGUGCAAGGGUGGUCUGACAUUUGCACCCCAGCGGCAGCUUUACUCCUGUGCCAAGUCCUGCCGAGGAACAUCUUUUGUGUCCAGCACAGAGCUUGAUGUACCAUCCAAGUUGUCACACGGCCGAUCCUCCCAGCAAACCUCAUUGCUUUGUUUCACCUCCAUUUCCAAGGGAUUGCCUUGCAGCAGGCAGGGCAGAAAAGAGUGUUCUGUUACUGCUUCCUAGAAGGCAUCUGUAACCUUGAAACAAUGCUUUUGUUCUGCAUGUGCCUAAACCACCUCUCCACUGGUUUCUUUGAUAAUGUCACCAGUUCCCAAAAUCAAUGAUCUGAAAUAAAAUGCAAAGCCUUGAGAAAUGUA